AGAAACCCUCUUCUUGCUCUGAAGUCCCAAAAGCCACCAUGAAUCGAGGGAAAGAGCCGUUGGUGAGCCUUUGUGAGCGAGAGUUCGUACUGCAGGCCAUCAAAGACAGCAAAAGACUGGACGGGCGGGGGCCCUAUGACUACCGAACUCUCGCGCUCAGCGGCCUCAUCCAUUGCCAGUCACUCGUGGAGGUGACCGCUGGAAACCGAGGGUGUUAGCCAACGUGUCCUGCGAGGUUGUCAAGCCACGCCCCCAGCGGCCCACCGAGGGAGACCUGUUUUUCAACGUCGAACUCUCUCCCAUGGCUUCACCGGCGUUCGAGGUCGGGAGGUCGUCGCCCCUGGCAAUAGAGGUGGCUCGGAUGCUGGAGCGCUGUUUAAAGGACUCGAGAGCAGUUGAUACUGAAUCACUCUGUAUCAUUGCUGGCGAGAAGGUGUGGUCGCUGCGUGUGGACAUACACGUUCUGGAUCAGUGUGGUAACAUCACCGAUUGUGCCACCGUCGCUGCCAUAGCUGCUCUCAAACACUUCAGACGGCCGGACGUGACGGUGAUCGGCGAAGAAGCAACAAUUCAUCCAGUGACUGAGAGAGAUCCUGUCCCACUGAGUGUCCACCACAUGCCAUUCUCUGUUUCAUUCGCCUUCUUCUCUGAUGGGUAAUUAUCUCCCUCCCUUCCUUGAAAAAAAAGCUGUCCUGGGUGUAGUUGAUUUGUUUGUUGUGCCUUUGCCUUUCUAUAUACCUCGUAGUUUUCACAUGCAGUGUUAUAAUAUGGACACUGUUGUUUGUUGCUAUAUACAGAGGCUAUCUACUGGUGGACCCUAGUCUUACAGAGGAGACGGUGAUGGAGGGGAGACUGGUCAUCGGGAUGAACGUCCACAGAGAGAUAUGCGUGCUGGGGAUGGCAGGGGGAUUCGCUCUUCUUCCUGACCAGCUGUUGAGGUGCGUGAAGAUUGCAACAGUAAAGUGUCAGGAGUUUACGGAGGAAGUACAAAAUGCUCUGACCACAACUUCCACCACAGCAGCCAAGUCAGAAUUGGUAGGUAGCUCUAGUAUCCUGGAGACAAGGAGAGGAGUGGAGGAGGUGAGAGUUGUGAGGAGUGAGACUGGGGAGGGAGGAGAGGGCCAGGUGAAGGUGGUUGACGAGCAGGAGGAGGAGGAGGAGGAGGAGGGAGAUGUUGUGUAUCUGGGAGAGGGGACCGCCCGGGUGGGGCUGGGUGGGCGGAGUCAGUGGACAUUGGACACAGAAGAGGGAAGAGACGAUAAAGAAGACACCGGAGAUGAUGUAAUCAUAAUUGACGACGAAGAGGUUGAAAAGACAGAGGUGUUGGUAAGUUCCAGUGAAGAGGAGGUGGUAGUUCUGACCCAGGCAGACAUUGGAGGAUUCACUAAACCAGAGCCUUCUCCAACAAGAGAGGGGGAGGGUGGGAGGCGGGGGAUGAGGGGGAAGAGGGGAGGGAGGACAACUCCACGGGGACCAGGUGCCACGGAGACCAGUGCGGAGAGGGGCAGAGGGAGGAACAAGAGAAAGAAAAACAGGAAAAAACAGCAGAACUAGUGUAUAGAGUAUCGUCCAAUCAUUGUGUUGACCACACCCACUGUUACUAUGGCGGCAGUUAUGACUUCCUUCUGUGUCAACUAUGUAGCACUAUGUGCUGUAAAUUGAAAGAAAACAGCUUGUGGUUCUCAUGAAAUGGUCAAAUCUUGAAAACCCCCCUCAAAAACAACCCCCUCCAAACAC